AUGUUCAAGCGAUCUUUCAAUACCAGGGAAGGUCGCAUCGUCAAGUCAAAGAACACCAAGACUACAUAUCCCGAACAUGUGAAGAGAAAGUUGCAGGACAGCGUGGACGAAGCGCCAGUGGCUAGCACGCUGACGAGUCCCAUUGUGACAUUGGUUGUCGGCACUGAGCAGCGUCUUUUCGCCGCUCACGAAGAUAUCCUCUGUCAUUCACCCUACUUCGCUGCUGCACUGAAAGGCAAGUUCCUCGACGACAGCGCGAAGAGGGUUGAACUGCCCGAUGAAGAACCCGAAAUCUUAUCUUGCGUGCUCGAAUUCCUGUACAAGGGUGACUAUUAUCCUCGCUUGUUGCACAACAAGCGCCGAAACACUUGGGAUCUAGAGGACCAGGAUCUAAAACUCGGUGGCCGCGGUAGCAGUGCUUCUACAAUCUUCCUCUCUGGAGCUGGCGGUGAAGUCCUUCGGGACACCAUCGUUUACUGCGCUGCUGAGAAGUACGGCCUGGACGAACUGAAGCGCUUGGCUCUCCGGAAACAAGGACUCCAGUCCGGUGUCCAAGUUGACGUGAUCUUGCGAUCAGCUCGGUACGCGUACGAAAACACUCCCGACACGGAAUCACGUCUCCGCGCUCAUUACCUGGCUCUGAUCAUUCGAAGUCGCAAGACUUUCAAGAGGAGCGGAACCAUGCAGAUGGAAAUGGAGAAUGGGGGCAAAUUGUUUUUCGACCUUUUUGUGGCCAUGUGCAAUCAUAUCGACGACAUUGUCGAGAUCAGGUAA